AUGUCGACUCAGACCAUCAAGGACACUUUGGCUCCUCGCGAGACCAACGGUCACGGUGUCUUUCUGAAGAAACUUCACUGGUUCAAGAAGGAAUCACAGGUAGAAGCCUACGUCGACGAAAUCAUUCGUCCGCGUCAGAACAGGCAUCCCACGAACAGACCGCCCCACACGCCUCCAGGCAACACGCCUUCAGCUUCAACAGCUCCUCCUCCUGCGUCGGACUCUCAUCUCACGUCCGAAGACCCGGCAUGUAAUACCGCCCACAUGAGACCAUCCCACGCUACCACGACACCUGGAAACACUCAUGCCGCCCAUGUUGCCAAUAUUAAACCCACCAUGACCGGUAAUGCCUUGGUGGAUUCCCAGCGUCAGAACAGGGGAGGUGGUCCUGCUGGGGAGGGUAGUGCGUCAGAAUCAACGGAAGAGGAUUCAUACUUUGACGUCGAAUCUCUCGGUCUAGCCUUGUCCUAG